UCAUUGUCUCCUUCGUUUUCUCUGCUACAUUUGUUCCCCAACCAAAUCCUUCCGAAAUUCAGACACUCUGUCAGUUCUUGUUAAGGUCAACCAAAAAAAAGAAGAUCAUGUCGACGCAAAAGAGAGCUCUGGCUUCCACUUCUUCAGGUCAAGCAAGUCUGCUCAAGAGGCCCCGCACCGCUCGAACGAAUCAAACAUGGCGUCGGUCCGGGAGGAAUCACGUGCCGAGGAGCUGGUGGAUGGAGAAGGUUGUCCGGAGAGUGGUCAGAGAAGAGCUGGAGCUUGCUAAACCUCAUUCGGCCGAAUGCUGUCAAAGGUGCAUGGGGAAUGCUCCCGAAGAGAUGAUGCAACAGAUAACCUCAGUGAAGAAUGCUGUUGAGAAACUGACGGGAAUAGUGGAGCUUGCAAAUAUUCACUCUCCCCACCUUGGAAGAAAAUGCAGGGUUAAUGGUAGAUCUACAGCAAUAAAUGAUGUGAGAAACUUACGGCUUCAAUUUAAAAACAAACUGUCAGAUACUCUAUUAUUUACUGGGAGGAAACUACAAGGAGAUGGGGGUGCUCGCAUUUCUGUUACCUUGAUCGAUGUGAAUACAGGGGAUGUCGUUACAUCAGGCCCGGAAUCCUCCAUUACGUUGGACGUUGUCGCGCUUGAAGGUGACUUCAACAAAGAUGAUGAGGAUAACUGGGCUCAUGAAGAGUUUGAGAACUACGUGGUUAAAGAGCGUGAACGAAAGGGGCUACUUUUGACAGGAGAUCUGCAAGUGACGCUCAAGGGAGGUGUUGGAGAGCUGGGAGAACUGAUAUUUACUGACAAUUCCAGCUGGAAUAGGAGUAAAAGAUUCAGGAUAGGGCUUAAGGUGGCAAUGGGUUAUUGUGGGAAUACGCGAAUCCGAGAGGCCAUAACAGAUGCCUUCCGUGUCAAGGAACAUAGAGGAGAAUCAUCCAAGAAACAUGAUUCACCGGCAUUCGAAGAUGAGAUCUGGAGGUUGAAGAUGAUUGCUAAGGAUGGGAAAUAUCACCAAAAACUGAGUGAAGCCGGAAUACAAAAAGUGGGGGACUUUCUACUGCAAUUGUUUAUGGACCCCACGAAACUAAAAGAGAUUCUUGGAAUGGGCUCAAAUUCGACUAACUGGGAUACCCUUGAAAAUCAUGCAAAGAGUUGCAAAACAAAUUGGAAACUUUAUUUGUACUAUACGGAUGGCACGAGGAAGCAUGGUGCUGUAUUCAACACAGAUCGCCAGCUAAUUGGCCUAAUUAAAGAUAGAGUAUAUUGUGCUACUCAUCGACUUUCUGCCGAUGAUCAGGAACAUAGAGAUACAAUCGAGAAAAACGCCUUUGAUAACUGGAAUGAUGUUAUGGAGUUCAAUGGAGAGUCCUUUUCUUGUUCAAUGCAGAAGAAAAGCUCAAGCUCUUUUCCAUCUCAAGCCUUACAAAUUGAAAAUUUCCCCCCUGUUCAAUGUAAAUUGACUCCACGGAUCGGUGCUGGUCCAGGUGGUCCAGUAGCUCCUCCGUCCAAUGUGGGCUUCAAUGCUGAAGGACAUAAUGGUGAGAUUGCUUUGGCAUCGCCAGUACAGUUGCAAAAUACCAAUUCUGGAAAUGCCAUGAUGCUUCCAUUCGAUGAAAGUGUUAGUCUUGCUGCACAGCAGCCCAUAUCAACAGACCCCUUGAAUGUUCUAAUUCCUCAGGGAGACAAUGGUAUCCCUACAGUCGGAUUGCCAACACAAUGCCUUGGUAACAAUUUCCAAUAUGCCAUGUGGAGCCAUACGAUCCAUUCUUCGAACCAAAUGGACUAUAUGGUGAAUGAGAAUGCUCCCCCUUGUGAACCACCCUCUGCCGCUAUAUCAAUCUCCCAAUCUAGCAGUACACUUCCUCCUCCUGAAGGCAAUCGUGUGAUGGAAGAUUUGGAGCCAACCGUUUCAGAAGAUAGUUUGGCUUGUUUGUUGGCCUUUUUCAGUCAGAGCCCACCACAUGAUGACGAGUGCUUUACGACCCCAUUAUAUGAUGGUGGUUCUGUUAGAGGUACCAGCAAAGGUGUUAAUGGCUGGCUCAAGAUAAAGGCAGUGAUGCGGUGGGGUAUCUUCAUCAGGAAGAUCGUCAUGAGGAGACGUGCCAUAAUUGUGCAGUUAGAUGAACCACGGAUUGAAGUCGAGGCUUGAUUUGAUUUGUUCUUGAUGUUGCAUUAGGUAAGAUGAUUCUCUGUUUGCUGUCUGAUAGAAUCGAUGAGAUUCUUUUCUUGGAUGAGGUCAUAAUAGUUACUUCGUGUUUUUAAUUAGUGUACAGAACAGCUUUGUUGGAACGCCUUCGAGCGAAUACUUUCUUCAUCAGAAAGUCUCUCUACUUCAGUUCUUUCAACAUCUUUCUUCAAUAGUUCUCUGAUUUUUCGCAUGUAAGGAAUGCAAGGUAUAUCAUUCACAGAGAGUACUUGCAUUCUGCGCUUAUUGUUCAUAGAAAUAAAUACCACGUCCAUUGAGUCCUAUGUAUAAAGUCUUGCCUGUUUGCUGCUAUCCACUGACAAUAAAGCUAUGUUCGGAACACGUACACCGUUAAAUCAUGAUGCUGAGUUCCCUCGA